AUUUCUGAAAUGUUCUAACUAAUAAAAAUUGAUUAUUGUCAAACAGAGUCUUGAGGAAUAACAAUAUUAGCGAUACUAUUCCAUCCAAUAUGGACGAGUAUCAAAAUCUGAAACAACUGGACUUGAGCUUCAACAAUUUAACUGGACAAAUUCCAAGUUCACUCUUCAAUUUAAGUAGUCUUGCUUAUUUGUUUCUCGAAAACAACCAAUUAUUUGGUGUCUUGCCUUCUCAAAAGAGUUCUUCACUUCUUAAUAUAGAUUUGUCAUAUAAUCGAUUAUCAGGAAUCCUUCCUUCAUGGGUUACACAAGAAAGUUUGCAAGUCAACUUGAUUGCCAAUAACUUCGACAUUAGUGGUUCAAAUAUCAGUGGUUUGCCUUCAGGAUUGAAUUGCCUUCAACGAAACUUUCCAUGCAAUCGGGGCUCUCCAAUAUAUUAUAACUUCUCUAUCAAGUGUGGAGGUCCAGAAAUCAAGUCUUCUGCGGGGAUUGUAUUUGAAAGGGAGAAUGAAAUACUUGGCGCAGCCACUUAUUUUGUCUCUGAAACAGAAAGAUGGGCAGUAAGCAACGUUGGAAGGUUUGCUGAGAACAAUAAUGCUGAGUAUACCAUAUCUACUUCUUCGAAAGUCCAAAAUAUUUUAGAUUCAGAGUUGUUCCAGACAGCAAGAAUAUCUCCAGGAUCACUAAGAUACUAUGGGCUGGGGCUUGAAAAUGGAAUAUACAAUGUGAGCCUAAAAUUUUCUGAGAUUAACUUCACAAAUACUGCGACUUGGGAAAGUCUUGGAAGGCGUGUGUUUGAUAUUUAUAUCCAGGGUAAUCUAUGGCUAAAAGAUUUUAACAUACGGAAUGAGCCAGGGGGAAUCUAUUUUACUCUACAAAAGGGAGGGGGAGUCUAUUUUGCUGUAGAAAAGGAAAUCCAAGCCCAAGUGUCGGAGAACUUCCUUGAAAUCCAUCUCUUUUGGGCUGGAGAAGGGACUUGUUGUAUACCUACACAAGGUUCAUAUGGACCAUCCAUUUCAGCCAUCAGCGCUGUUCCAAAUUUUGUUCCAACUGUUAGCAACAUACCACGUACACUUACUUCAACAAGGAAGAGAAGGAUUGGUUUAAUUGUUGGAAUCGUUGUUCCUAUUGGAGUUGUCAGCUUUCUAUUUGUUUUGGUGGUUUAUUAUUAUAUCCUUAAAAGAAGGAAAGGGUUGAAUAUUGAUGAAGAUGAAGAGUUUCUAGGUAUAGCUUCUAGACCAAACACCUUCAGUUAUGCAGAAUUGAGGACUGCUACAGAAGACUUCAAUCCUGCUAAUAAGCUAGGGGAGGGAGGCUUUGGAACUGUUUACAAGGGAACGCUUCCUGAUGGAAGGGUGGUGGCUGUGAAGCAACUUUCAGUGGCAUCCCACCAGGGAAAGAAUCAGUUCAUAGCAGAGAUCGCUACCAUAUCUGCAGUGCAACAUCGAAACCUUGAGAAAUUGUAUGGUUGUUGCCUUGAGGGGGAUAGGCGACUUCUGGUUUAUGAGUACCAUGAAAAUAAAAGCCUUGAUCAAGCACUAUUUGGAAAGAGCGGUUUACAUCUUAAUUGGCCAACACGCUAUGAUAUCUGUUUGGGGACAGCACGUGGUCUAGCCUACCUUCACGAGGAGUCGAAUCCUAGAAUUGUACACAGAGAUGUCAAGGCUAGUAAUAUUCUACUUGAUGCUGACCUCAACCCCAAAAUUUCAGAUUUUGGUUUGGCCAAACUUUAUGAUGACAAGAUGACCCAUAUAAGCACUCGAGUUGCAGGAACAAUUGGCUAUCUUGCACCAGAGUAUGCCAUGCGUGGGCACCUAACUGAGAAAGCUGAUGUUUUCGGAUUUGGAGUAGUAAUUCUGGAGAUCAUCAGUGGGAGGACGAUUUCUGACACAAUCUUGAAUAAAGAAGAUGUUUAUCUCCUUGAAUGGGCUUGGAAUCUACAUGAAAGUAAUCGUGAACUGGAACUGGUUGAUCCUGCACUAUCAGAAUACAAUGCUGCAGAAGCGCAACGACUGAUAGGAAUAGUUCUCCUGUGCACUCAAGCAUCACCAUCCCUACGUCCAGCAAUGUCCCGUGUGGUAGCAAUGCUAUCAGGAGAUACUAAAGUGAGCACUGUCACAACAAAGCCUGGAUACUUAACUGAUUUGGAAUUCAAUGAUAUACGCUUCUUUAUGAGUGGUGACAUUUCUGGAACCUCAACGAGUGGAAAUCUAAAGAACCAAACCAACUCUGCAAAUCCAAACACUGUAGUUGAUGAAGACUAUUUUCCAGUAACUGCUGAGCUACCAAUGCUGCAUGAGAAUUUGGUCACCUAA